CAAACAGAAGAAGAAAAAGAAUGACGUCACAUGAGAGGUAAAAAACAUGGCUGCCCCCGACGAGUCGAGCCGUUUUUCUUAAUUUUAAGUGUUUAAUAGCCACUUCUGAACGAUCAUGCUUACCAUGGACAAAGUAGAGAACAUUGUGCCAUCUGCUGAGGAGGAGGAGAUGGAGGAAGAGGAGGAAGAAGGAGACAAGGAGGAAGAAAAGGUAGAUCAGGAAGAAGGUAAACAAGAAGAUGAUGGACCACAGGAAAGUGGAGUUGAAAAGGAAACGAAAGAAGAAGCAGUGCCGCCGGCUGCAGCUCAAACUAAAACGACUAAAAAGAAGAAAGGGAAUCCCUUUCCUGUGAAAACCAAAGAGAAAAGGCCGGACGAAGGCCUGAACCUCAACAACGAGGUGGUGAGGAUGAGGAAGGAGGUGAAGAGGGUGAGAGCGCUGAUCUUCAGGAAGAUGACGCGACAGGUUGCCGCCCUGAAGAAGAUGAAAGGGACGGAGAUGGAGAUCGAGAAAAACCAGAGGAGAGCUGCCAGACUGCUGGAGGAGGUCCACGCCAUGAAGGGCCUCUCCCCUGACGCG